GGCCAUUCGAGACCCUCGGCAUGGCAGAUCUCAGCAUGGCUACGGUAAUGUCACUAUCUGGACGAGUGGGUCUCGUUACAGGCGGGGGCACGGGGAUAGGAUUUAUCAUCGCUAAAGCCUUUGCUGCAAAUGGAGCCAAGGUAUACAUCGCUGGCCGAAGGCUGGACGUGUUGGAGAAAGCAGCUGCGUCUGUUACAGGCGUCCCCGGAUCUAUUGUCCCACUCCGGAUGGACGUGACAGACGAAGAACACGUCAAGGCCGGCGUAAAGCAUAUCGAAGGAACCGACGGCAAGCUCGAUGUCCUCGUCAACAACGCCGGGUUCGCCUCCCCCGUUCGGGAUCCUGACUUUGUCGCAAAGAGGUCGGUCGCAACGGACCCUUUCGAACUCGAGACAAUACAGAACUGGACAGAUAUUUUCGCCCUCAACACGAUCGCGCCGUUCUUCGUCGUACGCGCCUUCCAAUCCCUCCUCGUCAAAGGAGCGCAUUCCCGUCCACAAGGCACCUCAAGCAUCAUCAAUAUCGGUAGCGCACUCGCAAAGUUAAACACAACCCCGCACAUGAUGGGAUAUGGUGCGACGAAAGCAGCGUUGGAGAAGCUGACGCUCGUUCUGGGGACGAGUUUUGCCCAGCGGGGCGUCCCCAUCCGGGUGAACGUGCUAUCGCCAGGUGCAUUUGCGAAUGAGCUGACCAGUGCUGAGUUUAUUGAGACGAUUAAGACGAAGCCGCCACCUGGGUUCGUGGCGCCGGUACCUGCGAGGAGACUUGGGACUGAUGCGGAGAUGGCGAUGGCGGCGAUCUAUCUAGCAGUGUCGGAUUAUACGAACGGGGCGAUUUCGGACCUUGAUGGUGGAUUGUCGCUGGUGAAUCCCUGA